AAAAUGGCGGCCGCCUAGUAACGAGGAUGCCCGGUUCCUACGUUUAAAACAAAGUACGUUGGUCCAUUGAUUGUGACAACACCCUUUGACGUUGAUUUUAUAACUGGUUUUCAUUGGUGUUAUUUAGGUCAAGGAAAUAAAGCAAACUUUGUCCUCAAACUUCUGGUUCCAAGAUGGGGAACUGUGUGUCGUUACUGAAGAGGAAAAAAGAGCCCAACAAGGCCAUAACGCUGGCCAUUAUAGGACUGGAUAAUGCUGGGAAGACAACACUAUGCUCCGUUUUUACGGGAGAGACACCAGAUCCUGAUAUUGCCCCAACUGUCGGAUUUCGCAAUGUCAAAUUUUCCCACUCCAACUUUGAUGUCACGUUAUUUGAUGUUGGAGGAGGGAAAAGCAUCCGUCCCAUCUGGAAGACUUACUUUGGGGAAGUGUUUGGCAUAAUGUAUGUGCUUGACUCAAGCUCUCGGGCCAACUUGUUAGAGGCAAGAGAAGUUCUCCGCGAUGCUCUGGAGCACCCCCAGAUCUCUGGAAAACCGAUUCUUGUUUUGGCCAACAAAGUGGACAAGGAUGACCACUUAGAAGAAGUGGACAUCGUCCAUGGACUCAAGUUGGAGGAGACUGCCAAUGCUAAUAACUGCCCAUCACAUUUGGUGAUGGUGUCGGCCCUGGUGGGUGUGGGCACAAAGAUGGACAAGGAGCUUCAGGACGGGCUCCAGUGGCUGCUAGAGAAGAUCCGCGGGUCGCUGAGCGAGCUUGAGCCGCGCGUGGCCUCAGACAUCCGGGCGGCCACCGAGAGACGGGACAAGGAGCGCGAGGAGAGGAAAGCGCGGGUCCAGAGACAGAGAGAGGAGAGGGAGAAAGAAGAAGAGAGGGAAAGGAGACGUCUUGGUACAGAGAAGGAAAAAGAAGACAGUGAAGAUGACGAUAUUGUGGAUGGAAAUCCUUUUAAGGCUUUAGAUAUGGACACUUUAAAGCAAAAGGAGCAACGUUUGAAAGAGGAGAAGAGGAGGAAACAGGAAAGAAUGCGUGAGCUGGACCUAGAAGAUGGGAGAUUCAGGAGGAGUAAGGACGACUCCAGUUUGGGCUAUGCCUCAGGUGUACGAAGAUCUCUGGAUGAUUAUCAGUUGGAGUCGAGGGCUGGGGGCAGGGAAGAGAGUUCUGGAAAUAACUACGCUGCCUUGAAUCUGUUCGGCCGAGGUGCCAAUUCUCGUGCCUCGGCUCUACCUCCUUUGGAACCCUUAGGGUCAAGGGUCGUAGAGGGUGCAGAGAAGAAAAAGCCCAAAAAGAAAAAGAAAUUGACAGACUAUCACCUUGAUGAUAGAGAUGAGGAGGGUGAAUUUGGCCAUGCAGAAAAGAGAGAUGCCAUUGGCCGUUUGGGGUUGAAUGUUCAUGACCUUGACUCCUUGAAUCGGGAUCAUGAUGUUCAUGAUCUGACCCCAAGAGUGACAAAGCCAAAGAAAAAUAAUAAGGUGGUGAGGGCUGGACGGAUUGAUGAACAUGAGGAGGAGGAUGAUCCUUACAGAGAUCUCGGAGUAGAUGGUCGGUCACGCUAUAAAAAUCUGGCUAGCCUUCGUCAGAAUAAUUACGAGGAUGUGCUCCCUGCAAAGAGAGGUAACAAAGAUAUGGGUCGCUUGAACAACAAUGACAGGUUCCCCAGAGACUUGGAGAGGGAGAACUCCUUGUACAGAAACUCUCUGAAGAAGAUAUCACCUCCAAACAUGACCAGAUUUGAGGAGGAUGAAGAGGACGACAAAGACGAGGGCAUUGAGGAGGAUUCCGACAAUGGGAGCGAUGAUGCAGUAGACAAGUACAGAAGGUCUCGAAACGUUAAUGGUGUGAAUAGAAAUCGCAAGAGCCGAGACCAAGAUGUCUACUCCAGCAGAGACAGAAAGCUGCGGGGCCAGAGCAGAGACAGUGAUGAUGAAGAGGAGAGAGACGACUAUCUCUCCCAUAGCAUUCUCAAAGACACCAUGCGUUUUCCAACAAGCCCCACGGAUGAUGAAGUUCCCGUUGAUUUCAGAAAAGAAAUGGAGAGGCUUCGGAAUCGUAAAGUCAAUGAUUACAGGUCCAAGCACAAUGGGAUUGAUAGUGAUAACUACUCUAGUUCCAGGCAAAACGCCCAGCGUGGCAUGAGACGAUAUGAUGACGAUGAAGAGGACAAAUUGGGCAAUGCGAGAAAUCGAAAUGCAAGGAAUGUCCGAUCACCCAUGGAAGAUGAAGAGGAUUUCAACUCGGUGCGGCACUCAGGCCAAAGCGAGACUCGUCGCAAAAAGAAGAAGAACCUGUUACGUUCGAACAAGCUGGCACCUUCCGACGAUGAUGAGAACGAGCCCCCGUCCAGUCAUCGCUUCAGCUCCCCCCGUAUGGUGCAGGAGCACGGGUCUCGAAACACAUCCGAUGCUGACACACCCACCCGGCACGGAAGGAACGUGCGAACAACACACAUUCAUCGUCAAGAUUCUGAUUUUGGUAUGAAAUGGGGUCUGGCGGAAGAGUUACCCACUGUGGACAGCAACUACAAUGUGACCAGGAUGAGGCACCCAAACUUUGAUGACAGCGACGGCGGUGAUGUCGUCUUUUAGCACGUCACUUACACAGAGUCCAGCGGGGUGGAUGAUGUGUUUUUUCUGUGAUAAACAAAAGGAGGACCCUCCAAACUGAAGACAACUUUACGGCUCAUCCAACAAAUUUUCAUUAGAGCUUUGAGUUUUUGAAAUUGUUCUUUUAGAGUCACUUUUUUUUUUGCUGUGCUGUUCAAUCUGCUUUUUAUGCAAAAUUGUCCUUCUGGUAUAAGGGAAGAGGAAACAUUUUUUAAAAGUUAUCUAGCGAUAAGUCAAAUGUUUACAUAAAUAAAGUUUAUUUUUAUAGUCCUCGCAGUGGAACACGCUUUUUUAAAACGUUAGUCAGAUAAUUUUUUCAAUGUUCAACAAUUUACUACACAUAAUUUGUAAAAGAAGAAAAAAAAUCCCAUCCAUUAUCGUUCAUAUUUAUGAAAUAAAGAGUAAUGAGGAGUUCUUGG